GCGGAAGAAGCGAGAGGCGUGAGCGCGCACGGCUGUUUACUUCCGUUUAGCGCGUCAUUAGUAACGGUCACUAGUAACGGUCACUAAUAAUAUCGCUCAGUGACGGUGUGUGUUGGCAGCGCAGGGAUGUAGAGCCAGAACCGCGCUCUUUUCGUACCUCAGGAAACGUCUCGGACUCGUGUGUCUGGGCGAUGAGCGCCAUGGCGUUCCCCUCUCCCACGGCAGAACUGGCGGAGAUGAACCGGCUCCACUAUGAGAUGGAGUUCACCGAGGACAUCAGUCAGCGCAUGCGCAUCCCUGAGCGCCUUAAGGUGGCGCCAUCGGCCCCCGAGGAGCGGGGUCAGGGGCCCCCGGCGGUCCCCGCGCCCUCCACCCUGAUGCAGGUGCCCGAAAGGAUCGUGGUGGCAGGUGACGGCGAGAGCGUCCAGGUGUCCCGGCCCAGAGAACUGGACCUCAUCGAUGCGACGCCGCUCGACUCGCUGGCCCUGAAGACGCCGCCUCGGGUGCUGACCCUCAACGAAAGACCGCUGGACUUCCUGGAGACGGAGCCAUCAUGCGCCCCCCAGGAGGACGAGGCGUGCGGUCAGGCACGGCCUCGACAGGAGCAUCGGCCAAAGGACAGGAACACACACCGUCAGAGUGGCCCACUGAUCAGGAACGACUUGCUCAUGACCCCCACCACCCCAGCCCCUGUGCGUGCCUGUCCCCCCCUCGUGUCUCCCGAGGACCGACCACGGCCCUACAGCGCCCGCGGGCUGCUCUCGCUCAUCCAGUCGACAACACGCCGCGCCUAUCAGCAGGUCCUCGACGUGCUCGAUGAGAACUACCAGCGCAGGUUUGCUCUUUCCACCAUGGAUCUGUCUGCAGAGGGGACCCCCGAUGAUGUGGCAGAUGCUGUGUUGCUACGACGACAGAUCAUCAAGCUGAACCGGCGGCUGCAGAUGCUGGAGGAGGAGAGCAGAGAGCGUGCGAAGCGCCACAUGGUCAUGUGCUCCCUGAGCAUGGCCUUCUGGCUCGUCAGCAGCUGGGCCUGGUUCCGCCGAUAGCCUGGUCCCUGGGAUGAGUCUGCAAAGCACUGCCUGCCAGAAGUGGGGGAGGAACUGACUUUUCUGUCUUGUUACUGAUACUGGAAAUCCCUUUCCUGGUGUUUCGUAGGUGUUUGUCACCUGUUUCUGAGAGUAGCUGUGAAUAUUUACAGGAAUACAGGACUGGUUGACCAAUUCACUGACUCGACAGGAUGGUUCAUCCCGUGGAUGAAAGGCACAGCUGUGUGUCUUUAUGUCCUUUCAGUUAUAACUCAUCAUUCCAUCUUCAUUUCAGUACAGAUUUACCCUUGUAAUGUAGUAAUAAUAAAACAUGAUUGAUAUUGUGUUGUAUGUUCAUCUCAGGGAUCUGUUUCCUUGAGUCGCUGUUGUACUGAGAGCCAAAAAAUGAGUCCGGAGUUUUUUUUUUUAAUUUUUUUUAAUGACUCACAGGUGGAAGUAAAAAUAUUUUAACUAGCGUGUGUUCUCUGCAUGCAUCGUGUGCGUGUGUGUGUGUGGGGGGGAUUCUGGACAAGAAUAAAGGCAGUAGAAUCCCA